AUGUCCCAGCGCAGUGCUUUGAACAGCAUGUUUGCCGAUGACCCGUUCUUCAGCCAGGAUCGGCUGCUGUGGCCGCUGCAUAACGGGGCCCUUUCCUCACUGCAGCAGGACUUCUUCAACCGGAGAGCCAAGCUGGCCGACAGCCUUUUGAAGGAGCUCCACACGGGGCACCCCCUGCUCAGACUAAACAAGCUGCCCUUCCUUUCCUCCACUUUGGCAGGGUAUGUAAACACAGAGCUACAAAAGCAAGUACAGAAGCCUGCAGAAGACAAUAGUGACCUCCUGGUCACCCUGGAUGCAAGAGGUUACGCCCCCGGUGACAUCACUGUCAAACUGGAGGGUCGGAGGCUAGCGGUGGUGGCCAUGAAGCAAGCUGGGGCAGAGGAGAGCCAGACCUCCUCCUCCUCCUCUUCCUGCGCCGCCUUCUCCUCCUCGGCCUCAUCUCAGCUGGGGUUCGUCCAGAAGAUCGACCUGCCCGCUCACCUGGAUCUAUCCGGCCUAUCCUGUUCCCUGAUGGGUGAUGGACAGUUGCGAAUCCAAGCCCCUGUGUCCAAGCAGCCAAUCAGCGAGGAGGACCAGGUGCCCAUUCGGUUCAGGGCAUCACUGGAGUUUCCCAUUACAAAGGACAAGACAGAGGAGGACUAA